AUGAUUGCGUCGGAAUUUGUCUUGGGUCUGGUGCUGCGGUUAUUCCUGCAGGCCCACGUAAGUGCAGAUGUUGGUUUUCGCUUUGCUUCGUACAUUGACGACUACAUGGUGCUGCAGAGGGAGCCUGCAGGGGCAGUGAUCUGGGGUUAUGGUGCACCCAGAGCCACAGUGACGGUCACGCUGUGCCGGGAUCAGGAACCCAUCAUAAAGAAAGUGACCAGCGUGAAAGCAGACUCUAACACCUGGACGGUGGUACUGGAUCCUAUGAAGCCUGGUGGACCUUAUGAAAUGAUGGCACAGCAGACUCUUGGGAGGAUAAACUUCACUCAGAGAGUUCAUGAUGUCUUGUUUGGAGACGUCUGGCUUUGCAGUGGGCAAAGUAACAUGAAGAUGACAGUUUCACAGGUAUUUAAUGCCACAGCCGAGCUGUCGAACACGGCUGCCUAUCAGUCUGUCCGCAUCCUCUCCGUGUCUUCCACCCAGGCUCAGCAGGAGCUGGAGGACCUCGCCAAGGUUGACCUGCGAUGGUCUAAGCCCACCUCGAAAAUCUUAGGCCACGGCAACUUCACGUACAUGUCAGCAGUGUGCUGGCUCUUUGGGCGUUUCCUAUAUGACGCCCUGCGGUAUCCCGUGGGGCUGCUCUCCUCCUCGUGGAACGGGACACCCAUUGAAGCCUGGUCGUCUAGAAGGUCCCUUGAAGCCUGUGGGGUCCCGAGGUCAGGGUCCAUGCCAUCUGACCUUCAGUUUGGUCCGAGUGCACACUCUGUUCUCUGGAAUGCCAUGAUCCAUCCACUCCGUAACAUGACACUGAAGGGGGUGAUAUGGUACCAGGGGGAGUCCAAUGUAAACUUUAACAGGGACUUGUACAAUUGUACAUUCCCUCUGCUCAUUGACGACUGGCGCCAGACCUUCCACGAUGGCUCCCAGGGGCAGACAGAGCGCCUCUUCCCAUUUGGAUUUGUCCAGUUAUCUUCCUAUUUGUUUGAUGAAGCCCUGGAUGAUGGACUUCCCCAGAUACGUUGGCAUCAGACAGCCGACUUUGGCUAUGUCCCCAACCAAAGGAUGCCCAACACCUUCAUGGCUGCCUCCGUGGAUCUCUGUGACAGGAACUCACCUUUUGGCAGCAUACACCCUCGAGAUAAGCAGACGGUGGCCUACAGGCUGCACUUGGGGGCCCGUGCCUUGGCUUAUGGGGAGAAAUUGAUCUUUCAAGGACCACUGCCUCAGAAGAUAGAACUCCUGGCCGACAAGGGGCUGCUCAACCUCACGUAUUCCCAGCCAAUCAAGGUGCAGAGGCGUGACGACAAGAUAUUUGAGGUCUCCUGUUGCAGUGACCACCAGUGCAAGUGGCUUCCGGCUCCCAUGGACACCUUCUCCACCCAGAGCCUGGCCCUGAACAUCACGUCUUGUCAGGACACCCCAGCUGCUCUUCGGUACGCCUGGACCCCAUGGCCUUGUGAAUAUAAGCAGUGUGCCCUGUACCACCCCACCAGUACCCUGCCAGCUCCUCCCUUCCUUGCUCUCAUUACAAGCCCGAGCCCUGGCUAUCGCAGCAGGACUGCUAAAUGA